CGUCCCUUCCCUUCCACUGCCCCACCCACAAUGGCUUGUCUCCGUCUCCUACCCCUCCUCCUCCUCCUGUCCGCCGCCGCAGAGGCUGCCGGCGACGAGGCCCAUGUCUCCGCGGUGGUCGCGGAGAAGGGCCUGGCCUUCGCCAAGGACGUGCUGAUCGGGGAGGCGGUGCGGUCGCUGACCCCGCUCCGCCUCCCCGGGUCGGAGAAAGCUGUGCGCGUGCCCUUCCUGGGCGGCAUCCGCGUCGCCGCCUCCAAUAUCACGCUCUUCCACCUUGACGUCGGGGAGGACUCCGCCAUCUACCCAGGGGACUCGGGCCUCGUCGUCGUCGCGUCCGGCAUCACCGCCAACAUCAGCAUGGACUGGAGCUACUGCUACGAUUCGUGGCUCUUUCCCAUAGAGAUCGCCGACAGCGGGACUGCCUCGAUUCUGGUUCAAGGAAUGGAAGUUGGGAUAACCAUGGUAAUAAAGAAUAGCAAUGGGAGUUUGGCUUUGUCUAUUUCACAAUGUGGUUGUUACGUGAAGGACCUAGUGAUAUCUCUGGAUGGUGGAGCAUCUUGGUUUUAUCAAGGGUUUAUAAAUGCUUUUGAAGAUCAUAUUAAAGCUGCAGUUGAGAAGGCAAUACCCGAAAAUAUUAUUGAAGGCACUGGGAAACUGGACUCAUUUCUGCGAGGUCUUCCUAGGAGUGUCAGUCUGGACAAUGUCGCUGCCUUGAACAUGACUUUUGUUAACGAUCCACACUGUGGCAAUUCGUCGAUUGAGUUUGAUAUCAACGGGUUGAUUACUUCAGCAGUUGCUAAGACAAACUAUUUGCAGAAACAUCCACAGCUUUCUUUAUCAUGUGGUGGUGCAUCAAAAAUGCUUUUGCUUUCACUUGAUGAAGAUGUAUUCAAUUCGGCACUAGAAGUUUAUUUCAAGGCAGGUUCAAUGCACUGGAUUGUUGACAAAGUUUCUGAUCAAUCCCUGCUGAACACAGCUAGUUGGAAAUUUAUCAUUCCUCACUUGUACUGGAAUUACCCAAAUGAUGACAUGCUGCUAAACAUUUCAAUGGCUUCAUCCCCAGUGAUAAGUAUUACAUCUGAAAAAAUUGGUGCUACGAUUAACGCAGACAUGAUAAUUGAUGUUUUAGAUGGCAAGGAGACAGUUCCAGUUGCAUGCAUCUCAGUGGUUGUAAGUGCUUCAGGCGUUGUGGAGGCAUCAGGCAAUAAAGUAUAUGGUAAAGUUGGAUUAGAUAAUUUCUCCCUUGCGUUGAAGUGGAGCAAAAUUGGAAAUUUCCAUAUGUCCUUGAUUCAGGGAGUGAUUCGGGUUUUCUUGAACACGGUAUGCAUGCCCUAUUUGAACUCACGGCUAGGAAAUGGAUUCAUCGUGCCCGUAGUCCAUGAUUUCACUCUUAAAGAUGUCUACGUACUAACUACUGCGGAGCAGUUGACGCUUUGUUCUGAUGUCACCUUCACCAACGCAAGCAGCUUGGCGAGUUUACCAGUUUUGUGAUGCAGUGAAGUUAUAUGGAGCGUGUACCUUCCGUCUGGGCCACAAAGCAGGCCUGGGGCAUCUUAGAGUUGAAGUACAACACUUGUAACAUGUGUACAUUAUUGUACAUAAUCUCUCUUCAUCAAAAUUAUCCACAUUCAUUUGUACAAAUUAAUGAAUGGUGUACAUAUGAAUCAUACUCAACAACUAUUUGUGCACAUUAUUGUACAUGAUCUUUCUUUUGUCAAAAUUACCCACAGCUCAAACAUC